AUGAAGCCAGGGCCGCGAUCGUUGAAUGAUUUCUGCGAGUGGCCACAGACUGCCUUGCGUCAUCUGGUGGACACAGAAGAUGGCAGCAGAGGGGAGCGUUUUGAGCGGUUGAAGCACAACUUGCAGCUUGGUUUGCUCAUGUACUCCGAUUAUAGUGGCCUGGCAGGAGAGCACGAGUGCAUGUUUGGCAUCACCAAGGCUUUGCAGACGUAUGAAGCUUUUGCAGAUCAUGCGUCAGCUGUGCGGUUUUGUCGGUUCAGUGAUGUGGGGGCCCCACAGCAAAAAGUGUUGCAGGCAAUCAGCCAUUUGCAUGAAGACAAGAUAUGUGUGAUGGGUGAUCUAAACGAUCGCCUACCGCCUGAAGCACGCUCUCUACUUGAUGCUAUGCUACCUACAGAAAAGGUUGGGAAGGGUGAGCUUGUCAAAGCAUAUGAGAGCAUGGGGCAAUAUUUGAUGGACAAUCGUGCUUGGCUCUUUCCAAGAGAUGCAAAGAGCCCCUGCAGUGUCCAUGGCCGAGGAUGCUUCGUGUUUCCUCAGUGUUCUCCUCCUGUUGAGGCACCAGUUUUGAGGAGGCGCAGAACAAAGUCUGGCAGUGCAGAGCCUGGCCUUUGCACUGAGCCGAUCUGUGCGGGUACGGCGCAGUUGAGAAUCAACCUGGCAGGAACAACCUGCUGUGGCUGGUCGUCAGCAGGGAAGAGCCUUCAAUUCGCUGAUGUUUCGGAGCGACCCCAUGCAGUCUGGUUGGCAGAACGCAGACACCGAGGUGAGCAGUGCGAAGAAGACUUCUUUGUGUCCGAAUGCACUCCGAGAUAUCCCGUGGAGGCGAAGCUCCGCAAUCCACUGGAAAGCAGCCACGACGUGCUGCACAUUGUGGUGUCUGCCACAGAUUUGGGUUGGCCUGUUCGUCGCAGGCGUGUUUUUACUUGCGGCCUCAGCAAAGCAAGCAUGAUCUGGUUGGGACCGCCGCAAGAGCAACUACUCGAUCACUUUAAGUCGUUCUUUGCGGCACAGAUGGAGGCAACCGCUGAUGUUUUUCUGUUUGCCGACAAUGCAGAUGUUGUGAAAGAGCUCGGCCGGCUGGCCCAGAAGCGUGGUUUCUGUCUCUGUGAAAAUCCAGACACUGCAAAGAUUCCGCUCAAUCAAAUGUAUGCACCAGGGCAGCUGUUGAGGUACAGUGAGUACGACGACUUGAGGAAGUCGAUUCAAGGUGAAGACCUUACCUGGUUCGCAGACUUGGAGCAGAACUGCGGUAAAGGUGCCAGCACUCCGGGCCGCAUCCUACCGUCCAUGCUUACACAUGGCACGGUUCACUCGUGGCAGGCCCAACGGACGCUGACACACCGAGAGCUUUAUCAAGCGCACGGCUUUUUCAUGAAAGAUGCCUCGUCUCCGAUUGCAAAGGUGCUUGAACAGAUGCCACACUCUCAGCAACAGAUGCUUUUAGGCAAUGGGUGGCACCUUCCUGUGAUGGGCUCCUGGCUUCUUUACAUAUUGGCUCAUUCCAUCCGGAUUAACCGGGCCAUGUCAGUGCAACCAGAGCGGGGUCUCUUGCGAGCACUGUCAAGCAAGUCGUUGCUUUCAAUGGUUUCAGCCUCAGAUCACUCACAUGCCCAGGCCGAGGACUGA